CGACGUAGUAGUACACCUAGGUACUUAACAUAUACUUUAGAAGACAAACAACGUUUUAUUAAAUGAGCAGGUAUCGAAUGAUUGCUUCAAAUUACACUAUACAUUAGUAUAUUUACUACUAAUUAAUACUUUCCCGAUCAAUGGCCGGAUUGAGAUCAGAUUUGGCGUUUUAUUUCGUGGCCUUUUAAUUUURGCUUGUGGGAGGAGCUGAAGCAAUUGAAAGUAAAAUUAAAACCGUUGCUUGUGCCGACUUUUAUCAUUUUCGUUAUUCCUUCGUCCCCCUUUACGUACGAAGGUCGAAUCAGUAGCCAUUCGUUAUGAACUGGUUAGCUUUAGUACUGCUUUUGUGUAAAGCACACUACAUCACAUGUACUGAGCAGGACGACUAUUUCAACAAGGACAAAGGUUUUCUUUUUGAUGCUUUUCCUGAGUCCAUUUUGUCAUUUCCCAUCCACACCAAAGACAUUCAACAACAAACCACUCAAGUUCCUGAGAAAAUGGAGUGUGUCUUUGCCUGUGUUGGGGUUCCUUGGUGUCAAUCGAUGAACUUUCAAACCACAGCCAAGAAUAAUGGACUUCACGUAUGUGAGCUGCUAUCAACCGAUAAACAUACACACCCGCAGAACAUGAUACAAAACAACGCAUUUGUUCAUUUCAGCAUCCAGAACCCGUGCGCAGAGACACCCUGUCAUAAUGGUGGCACCUGCAUCCUUCAGAAAAACAGGCAGGAAUAUCGCUGUCAAUGUAAGAAAGGAUAUGAUGGGAACAACUGCCAAAAUGAUGUGGACGAGUGUACUGCUGGUACAGACAACUGUCAUAAUGAUGCUACUUGCACAAACACUGGUGGUUCGUUCACUUGUCAGUGUAAACCUGGUUACCAAGGCAAUGGAGUGACGUGUACAGAUGUGGACGAGUGUACUGUUGGUACACACAACUGCCAUUCUGAUGCUACUUGCACAAACAAUGGUGGUUCGUUCACUUGUCAGUGUAAACCUGGUUACCAAGGAAACGGAGUGACGUGUACAGAUGUAAACGAGUGUUCUACCGGUGCUCACAACUGUCCUACUGCCAAUACUCGUUGCUUGAACAUCGUUGGUUCGUUUACCUGUCAGUGUACUACCUCUGGGUAUUAUUGGAAUGGAAACACGUGUGCAG